CCGGAUCAGUGGCCGUGUGGCUGUCGACAGUGCGCGCUAUACACGCGAUCGCGUCGAUCGAUCUCUCCCCCGGUCGGCGGCUUCUCGAUCGCUCUCGGCAGUCUCGGCUCCGGUUUUGCCACCGCGACCGACCGACCGACGAAAUCGAGAGUCGCGCGGAGUAUAUACGCGCACACGUACGGCGGCGCGCCUACGCGCCUGACGGUUACGACGCGAUUUAAAUUACGUUGCGAUCGCACGCAGAUCGUGACCGGCACGCGUCUACGUUUCGGCGUGACCGAACGACAGCAGAUCAGCGUAUAAUACAGUGACACACGCGCUUUUACGGACGAUGCUCGACCCGUGCGACGUAUCUCGUCCAGUGUGCUCCCCAUAGUUCGGUGGUGAUCGGCGUUCGAUCGGCGUUUGGAGCGGCGACAUAUGUGAUAUAUGAGAUGCGACGGCGGCUACAAUGAACGUACCGAUCGUGGCAGGGGACGUCGUCGACGAUGGCGGCUUCGAUCGGCCGCGAUUCGUUCGGGGUUCGGAUCCGAGGGUAGCGACCUGCAGAGGAAAGCUGCAGAACAAGCGAAGUAAGCUCAACCAGGAGAUCAACAAGGAGCUGCGGCUACGAGCGGGCGCUGAGAAUCUCUUUAAGGCGACGACAAACAGAAAACUGAAGGAGACCGUCGCGUUGGAGCUAAGUUUCGUCAACUCGAAUCUGCAGUUGCUGAAGGAACAGCUCGCCGAGUUAAACAGCUCAGUGGAGCUGUAUCAGAAUGUCGACGGCGACGAGCCCGUUAUGCCGAUGAUACCAUUGGGACUCAAAGAGACCAAAGACAUCGACUUUCGAGAUCCGUUCAAGGACUUUAUCUUGGAGCACUACAGCGAGGAUGGGGAAAAUUAUGAAGAAGCUAUAGCUGAUUUGAUGGAAACCAGACAGGCUACGAGGACACCGACCAGAGAUUCGGCGGGCAUCGCGUUACUUCUGCGUUAUUACAAUCAACUCUACUUCAUAGAGAGGCGCUUCUUUCCACCCGACAGAAGCCUCGGCAUCUACUUCGAAUGGUUCGAUUCGUUGACGGGAGUGCCGAGUUGCCAGCGAACGGUCGCCUUCGAGAAGGCGUCUAUUCUCUUCAAUGCCGGCGCGCUUUAUACGCAGUUGGCUGCCAAGCAGGAUCGUCUAACCGCUCGAGGACUCGACCAAGCGGUCGACGCUUUUCUCAGAGCGGCCGGUACUUUCCGAUAUAUCCACGAGAACUUUACAAACGCACCGAGUAUGGAUCUGGGCCCGGAUAUGCUGGAGAUGCUGGUGCAGUUGAUGCUUGCUCAGGCAAGGGAGUGCCUCUUCGAAAAGCUGGAGCUUCAAUCGAGGGAUGGCAGAAACGUCGAUGUUUGCUUAGAUCUUGCUCAAGAGGCAGCUCAGGUUGCGGCGAUAUACAAUGACGUCCACGGAUUGAUAUCGCGCGAACCGGUUCGUGACUACGUCCCGGAGACGUGGAUCUCGUUGAUACUGGUGAAGCGCGAACACCAUCUUGCCCUCGCUCACAAGCACAUCGCGGUCGGUCUGCUGGACAGACCGAUCGCUGAGUUUCGUGUGGAAACAAGGCUCACGUUGGAGCACAUUCAAAAGAGCGACGGGAAAACCCAAUUGGACGCGACUGUUCCUAGAGAUGACAACGAAAGGAAAUUAUUGGGCAAGGCACAUCUCAGAGAAGCUCUCGUUUUGCAUGACGAGAGUCAACGACUCCAGAGAAUGUGCCGCGAAUUGAAGGGUAAACAAGCGCUAGCGAGGGUUCUGAAGAAAGCUCAAGAAGCAACGCUCGACAGCUAUAAUAGAUUUGGUAGCGAGGAUGAUUUUCGAGAACUCCUAGAUCCACCGGAUAUUAUCGCCUCGACGAAAUUUCAACUCAGCAUCACUCACCCGGAUUUCGGGCAGCACGGAGUGGACGAUCUUUUUAAGUCGCUGGGACCCGUGGCGAUAUUUUCCGCCAAACGACACUGGACCGCCCCGCGAUUGGUGCAGCUUCAACGAGGUCCUGACGGCGAAGGCUUCGGAUUUAGCGUACGCGGCGACGCUCCGGUGAUAAUAGCCGCCGUCGAUCACAAUUCGCUGGCUGAUGUGGGCGGGAUGAAGGAAGGCGACUUCAUAGUCGGCAUUGGCGACAAAGACGUCAAGUGGGCGUCCCAUGAGCAAGUCGUGCGGAUGAUAAAACAAUGCGGCGACUUUAUAAAUUUAAAAUUAGUCACCCCAAUGGACAGGAAUUAUCUAAAGAAACCAGGAAAACCCAACAACCAUCACGAUAAAGGCAGCGUCUCGGCGAGCAGCUCUUCUGGAGUUUCUUCCGGCCAGCCGAGCCCGGCGGGAUCCGUCACUACGGCGCACGUAGUCAGAAGGCUCCCGUGGAAUCCGUUCAAAAAGUCUGGCGCCCAACGCGAGACCAGAGAUCUAACCUUCGACAACGUUAUUCUCAGAUGAUCGCUGGAUUAGAGACGAUAUAAACGGUUAUCGUACGGUUAUCGUGCGAGCUUCACGUCGUGAUGAAAUUGAUCGAAUCGCGAAGCAAAAACUCACGAAAAUCAGUCGGUAUAAUCACCGAUUUGCCAAAUUUGAAAAUUAUUUAGCGUAAACAACGAUUCGCCAUACGAAAAUUUUAUACUAAUGUCGCGUUAAUAUCGCGCGUUAAAUUACGCGAUAAAUUUAUUUGUGUAAAUACAUGACUUGAUGAUGCAAGUUAAUUCGUUGCGCGAACAAUGCGAUUGGAAUCUUUUGUAUAUGCCGUUAAAUGUCGAACGCGUUCGGAACUUUUCUGUUUAGUUGCUAACAAAUUUUCAUCUGGGCAGCUCAUUAUCAACAAAAUCUUUGCGAAGCGAACUACAUCCAGAUUUAAUUCAACGAGUUUUCAAUUACUAUAGCAUGUCGAAAAAUUGCAACGAUUAACAUUGGUGACUCUUUUCACCGACAUUUCUCACGGAUAACAGUGCCAACGUGGGCGUGUAGUGUAAGCGUUCAAGAAAGUUUGCCCGCAUUAUCGCGUAUUUCGGUGGGCGCCUGACGAUUUUACGACUGAUUUAAGCUACGUACUACACUGCAUACUUUUUGUCAUGUCGUUUAUGUAAGUUCAUUUGUAAUACGGGUGAACUGGAUUGACGGAGGGAUAAACGUAUUGACAAAUGGUAUCGUAUAUACACGGCAACGAACUCUGCGAUUGUCGCGCUUUGUACUUAAGCUAUCUCGUUAAAUCGUUAAGCGAAUUAAUAUAAAUCGGGUCUUCACGCGCGAGCGUACGCGCGUAUCUGUACAUUUAUACAUAGAUGUAGACAUCGGUAGAGGCGUGUACACAGCUUUUUACUUUAUAUAUAGUAUAUAUAUAUAUAUGAAUGUAUAUUAAUAAGAAAUUAUAUCGCAUUUCCUUCAAAAA